AUGGUUUUGAUGUCCCAAGCACUAGGAAGCGAUCUUAGAGCUUUGACAAUCGUCUCUUUGUUGUCGUAUUUCUUUCCAAGAAGUGAGAGUUCAUUCACAACACUAGUGAAACAGUCACUAAAUUCCUUCAUUCUGGAUGACUGUCUCCCAUACUUCCUUUGUAAUGGUGCAUCCUCUGAUCUUGGCAAAUGUGUUUCUGUCCAAGGUUCUGUAGAUAGCAUUUCUAUAGAUAUUGUCAAGAUUGUUCCUUCUUCUGUCCUCAUAUGUCAAUUCUCUCCUUUCCUUGUCGAUCUUUAUUGGACCAUCAGAGAGGAUGAACAUCAUUUCAUCGUCCAUGGUGGUCAGGAAUAUAUAGUAUAUUUGGGAGACUUGAAACAGGAAUCGGACAUCCCUCUCCCUGUCUUGCAUUCAAACUUUCUUAAAAAAGCUUUUGGCGGUUUAAACAACACUUAUACAUCACUUCUUCACACUUAUAAGGCCGAUUUCAAUGGUUUUGUCGCCAUGUUAACGAAGGACGAAUAUCAUCGAAUUUCAUUAAUGAAAGAAGUGGUAUCGAUAUUUCCCAAUAGAAAUAAUUAUUUGUACACUACGAGAUCAUGGGACUUCAUUGGAUUUCAUGAAACGAGCAGAAGAGUAUUAUCGGUGGAGAGUGACAUCAUUGUUGGAAUAAUCGAUACCGGAAUUUGGCCAGAAUUAAAUAAUUUUAGAGAUACAGGACUCGGUCCUCCACCACAUAAAUGGAAAGGCUCAUGCCGAGGACUAAUAAAUUUCACCUGCAAUAACAAAAUUAUUGGAGCAAGGUACUACAAUAGAAAGGGAGACUUCACGGAAACUGAUAUCAAAUCUCCAAGAGACACCAAUGGUCAUGGAACUCAUAUAGCAUCAACGAUCGCCGGAAACCCUAUUAGUUCGGCAAGCUUUUCCGGUCUCGGCAAAGGUACAGCUCGGGGAGGAGUUCCGUCUUCACGGAUUGCCGUAUAUAAGGUUUGUUGGUCCAAUAACAUUUGCGCAGAUGCUGACAUCCUGGCUGCAUUCGAUGAUGCCAUUAAAGAUGGAGUUGACAUAAUAUCAAUUUCUAACGGAAAUGACUAUAAUGCAAAUUAUCUCGACGAUUCGAUAGCUAUUGGAUCUUUCCUUGCCAUGGGAAAGGGAAUUCUGACGACAAUGGCCGGUGGAAACGAUGGUCCGGAAAUUUCAACUGUUACCAAUGUUGCUCCAUGGGCAAUUACAGUUGCAGCAAGCACCAUUGAUCGAAGAUUCUUUACCAAAUUGAAGUUGGGUAAUCAUGCAACUUUUCAGGGAGAUACAGUGAACACGUUUGAUUCAAAUGGUUUCCUCCCUUUAGUGUAUGGUGGUGAUGUUCCAAAUAAAACAUUGAAUAUUUCUGGUGCUGUAUCUAGAUUCUGUCAAAUCAAUUCACUAGACGCUAAAUUGGUAAAAGGUAAAAUUGUUCUUUGUGACCAACUUAAUUCAGGAGCAGGAGCUCUUUCGGCAGGUGCAACUGGUAUGGUGAUACGAGCAAAUGGACCCAAAGAUAAUGCUCUCGUGUUUCCCCUCCCUGCAACUUAUGUUGACGAUAAGGUUGGACACGACAUCAUGAACUAUAUUAACACAACAAGAAAUCCAAUAGCAAGCAUAUUGAAGAGCAACGAAGCUAUUGAUGAGUUUGCACCUUAUAUUGCAUUCAUGUCAUCUAGGGGGCCGAAUACCUUAACAUAUAGCAUCCUCAAGCCGGAUUUAUGUGCGCCUGGUAUUGGUAUAUUGGGAGCAUGGACAAAAGGAGUACAAAUUGAUAAAAGGAGGCUUCCUUAUAACGUCUUAUCGGGCACAUCAAUAGCCACUCCACAUGUUGCUGCUGCAGCCGCUUAUGUCAAAUCCUUCAAUCCCUCAUGGUCUCCAUCUGCUAUAAAAUCUGCUCUUAUGACCACUGCCUUCAUGAUGAAUGCAAAUACAUCUUCCGGACAAGAAUUUGGUUAUGGAGCAGGCCAAAUAAAUCCUGUAGGGGCUAUUGAUCCCGGACUUGUGUAUGAUGCUAGUAAAGAGGACUAUUUACAACUCUUGUGUUCACUAAAGUAUGACAGCAAGCAGUUGAAAAAACUUACUAAUGACGUCAUACCAUGUUCAUGCAUCUUUUUGGGGUGUAAAACUGCUUGGAAUCUAAACCUGCCUUCAUUUUAUAAAAAUGUAUUUUUAUCAACUCCUUUUAAUGUCACUUUCACUAGGAGAGUUACUAAUGUCGGAUCGGCAUCAUCUAUUUAUAACGCCCAGAUUGUUGCUCCACCAGCACUGAAAAUAGUAGUUGUACCGAACAAACUCUUUUUCUCUAGUGUUGGACAAACUCGAUCAUUCAGGAUGACUGUCACGGGAAGACUUAGUUCUAAACAGAAGUUUGUGUCUGCUUCUUUGUCAUGGGUAGACGCCACACAUAUAGUAAGAAGCCCCAUUGUUAUUUUCGCUCCUAGAUAA